UGCCGGGGCGGGAUCUGACGCGUCCGGAUCCGCCCUGAUGUCCCGGUGACAGCACGGACAAGAUGGCGGCCAGCUGGGAAGUGAAGUGAGGAUGUCAACAUCAUUUCUUCAGUUCAAACAAGUCGGGAUUUUCACCACCCACCGCCUCGAUCAAUCCGCGAUAUAGUUCAUGUUCCGUGCGUCUGUUUUAGGAGCCGAAACCGGGGCAUUUUUACGCAAACGCACGCAUGUUUUUGCGCUAUGUUUUGGAAAUCCGUUUGCGCAAAGAGGACCAUCAACUCUCGACGAGCGAUCUGGCCUGCGUGAACCUCCAAACCCCACUCCAGGGGUCAUCAAAAAGAGCCUUUCAACAUCCGAUCGCACGCUACAUCGACUGAAACUCUGCGAUCGGUCCGAUCGACGCUGUUUUGAUUGGCGUUUGCGGUGAUUUCCGCGAGGAAGAGCAGCGGUUCUCAUUAAAGCUGCGGAAGUGGAGGAGAGGUUUUCACGCCAGUCAUCUUUCAGAUGCACUUUCUGUCCAGUGGAUGCUCUUUGCUCCAUUUAUCCAGCUGUAAAACAUCUAAGACCGCAUUAAACUCGGGCAAACGGGAUCCAGGGGUGCAUUAGCUGUAUUUUGUCCGGAAACCGUGUUUUUUGCUGACUUGCUGGCCAGUUUUAGUGGUUAAAGUUACGCCAUGGCUCAUUCUCCAGUGCAGGGCAGUCUGCCUGGGAUGCAGAAUUUAAAAGCAGAUCCUGAGGAGUUGUUCACUAAGCUGGAGAGAAUCGGUAAGGGUUCGUUUGGAGAAGUGUUUAAGGGCAUCGACAAUCGCACACAGAAAGUUGUGGCCAUCAAGAACAUCGAUCUGGAAGAGGCUGAAGAUGAGAUUGAAGACAUUCAGCAGGAAAUCACAGUGUUAAGCCAGUGCGACAGUCCCUUUGUCACCAAAUACUACGGUUCCUACCUAAAGCACACCUUUGGGCCCUCUGAGGGGUUCCCAGACCCCACUGCAAAUGUAUUAUUGUCAGAGCAAGGGGAGGUGAAGCUGGCAGAUUUCGGUGUGGCCGGUCAGCUCACAGACACGCAGAUCAAACGCAACACGUUUGUGGGCACACCCUUCUGGAUGGCCCCAGAGGUCAUCAAACAGUCUGCCUAUGACUCAAAGGCUGACAUUUGGUCAUUAGGCAUCACGGCGAUUGAGCUGGCUAAAGGAGAGCCGCCCCACUCCGAUCUUCACCCCAUGAAGGUGCUGUUCCUCAUUCCAAAGAACAACCCCCCUACACUGGAGGGCAGCUACUGCAAACCUCUGAAAGAGUUUGUCGAGGCCUGUCUAAACAAAGAGCCCAGUUUUAGACCGACAGCCAAAGAGUUGCUGAAACACAAGCUCAUCGUGCGCUAUGCGAAGAAAACAUCCUAUCUGACAGAGCUCAUCGACAGAUACAAGCGCUGGAAGGCCGAACAGUCCCGAGCGGAGUCCAGCUCCGAUGAAUCUGACUCGGAACCGGAUGGCCAGGCGUCCGGUGGGAAUGACUUUGGCAGUGAUGAUUGGAUCUUCACCAUUCGAGAGAAAGACCCCAAAAAGCUGCAGAACGGCGCCGGUCCAACAGGAGAGGAGGAGCCCAAUAAGAGGCCUCUGUCCCAGAGUCUGUCCACUGUCAUCACUCCAGUCUUAACUGAGGUAAGACAUAUCCAUCACCACCACAGCUGA